ACUUUUCACUCAUUCUCUCACCAUCUCUUCUCUCCUCAGAUUCAGAUGUGGCUGAGUCGUCUCUCCCUGAUGGCAUUCAUUCAUCCAUUUCAGCUCUCCUGGAUCACCUGGAGCAGACACAUGGCUCUACUCUUGUGGCUCGUGCCGUUUCUUACCUCACCCUCUCCAGAACCGGCCUCUCAGAAGCCGAACUCACGGAUCUUCUGUCCUGUAAUGAGGAAGUUCUGGCUGAGCACGUUUGUCACAGUGAAGGCAUCCCACAAGUUGACGUGGAGAGGCUUCUUAUGAAGCUAAAGAGCUUUCUUGUCAAAAGGACAGUAGCAGAUUCACAGGUUUUGCUCUGGGUGAGCCGGCAUUUCAAACUGGUUGUGGCUAAAAGGUAUUUAGGCUCUCUUGAGGUGAGGAGGAAGAUUCAUUCAGAGAUAGCAGACUACUUUAGUGGCCGGUGGGCGUGUGAAAGUGGUAAACCUCAUAUUGUAAACCAGAAAUCUAGACUAAACAAGGCCUUGAACAUAAACAUAGACCGACAACAAACCAGUCAGCCUUUUGUCUUCUUUUCUUCCAAAGAUGUUGGUCGGGUGAAGAUGAGGAAAGUCCUAGAACUGCCAUAUCAUUUGGAACAAAGUGGCAGGUGGGAGGAGUUGGAGUGUGAGUUGUUAAUGGCAUUAGGGUUUCAUCUGGCGAUGGUUCAAGCUGGUCUUUUGGGAGACCUGGUUGCCAUGUUGGAGUCUUAUGAGGACUCAUCUCAGUUUCUAAGAGAGAGACUCCUCCUAGCAAGCAUAUUAAAGUCUUCUGCUUGCUUCCUGCAGAUCUCACCUCUGCAGCUGCUCACAGUAAUGGAGACAAACCUCCUCCCUUAUCUGGAGCUCUUUCCUGCUCUCGAGUGUUACGUCAAAGAGAUCAGAAAUGAUAGGAGGUGCAGAGGAAGAGGAUUAGGAACAGUGCUCUGUCCUAGUCCCUCCUCUAUUCUCCCUAUUCAGUGUUUGAAGUGUUGCGACAGAUCCAGCGGCGGUUGUGUUAUAGAAACUGCUGCUGCAGAGUUUGGGAUUGUAGCUCAGAUAAUGGAUGAUGGUUCUGCUUGGAUUUGGAGUGGCUCUGGAUGUGACAUAGUGAAACUGUCACCGAGCUUUGAACAGGAAGAAGUGAAGUUUGCAGGAGUGAAUAGCAGCGGUCCAUUCCUCCUGCUUUCAACACAAUGCAACCAGUUGUUUGUGUGGGACGUGACCGGCCCAGAAAUGUUAGUAGAGGUCAAAGCCCGUUUGAAAAAAGAGCUUGAGUGUAGCCAAACACCGAACAAAAUAGGGGGAUUUGCUGCCUAUCAGAAAAAGCUAUUUUUGUGGUGGAAAGAUGAGAGUUGUGUGAGUGUGUUUGACAUCUCCAGCGGGACCUUGACUCACUUCCAGUGCCAGGGUUCUGUGACCUGUUUGGCUCUUUCCUCUGAUGGGUUUUUCAUGUACUGUGGGCAGGAUGAUGGCACAGUGUCCAUAUUUGACAUCAAAGCCAGCAAUCUGAUUGGCACCUGUUCAAACUCAAACCACAGUACAGUUACAUCGAUAAUCCUCUGUGAAGACAAGAGGGAAAUGGCAUGUGUUGACCGAAAUGGGAAUGUAUCCCUCUGGGAUGUAGCAGACGAAGUCCAACUCCCCAGACUUGUCAAAGAACACUUUGAUCAGAGUGAAUCUAAUAACAUCCUCAGCACAGAUUAUUCAGAAGAAAUCAGCACUCUACUGGUGUGUCAAGGCCUAAAAGUUUCUCUAUGGGAUACGUGUAACUGGGAGCUGUGGGACCAAUUCUUGGCUCCAAAAGGGAAAGCCUUCACUCAAGCUGUGCUCUCCCAGGACGGCCACCUUUUUCUGGCUUUGUUAGACACCUGCAGUCUUGUCUUGGUGUGGACCGUCAAUACUGGGGAGUGUGUUCUGUCCUUAGAAACAACCAAGCAACCCCAUACGCUCCUCAGAAUGGCCUCAGAUGUCAUUUGCGUCAAUCGUGACGGCUGCCUGACAGUGUGGGACUCUGAGAUGAUUGAUGUUGCAGGAACAGCUCUGAAAAUGGGGUGUGGAGUGAAAGAAGUGGUGGCUGAAGAAACAGGGGAGUGGUUCUACACUACAGAUGGUUCAGAGAAGGUGUGGAGAUGGAGUUUAAACACAGGACUUCCACAUGAUAACUUCCUCCAUGAUGGCCCUGUGGAAAAACUGCAGCUUUCUCUGAAUAGCAUCCACCUUGUGUCACUCUCAGCAGGAGAAAUUUAUGUUUGGAACACAGAAACAGGUGAGAAUAUUGUUCGUAUCAGCGGCAGCAGAGCUACGAAUAUCUUGAUCACCCCUAAUAGUAAAUUUGGAGUGAGCAUUUCUGAGCGAGGCCUCUCCCGAGUUUGGAAGAUGGCACUUGGCAGCUUUGUUUGCAGCAUACACUUGUACUUAUCUGAUGCCCAGGUGUCUCCUGAGAGCACAUAUCUCAUUGGCCGUCGCUAUGGAGACCUGCUGGCUGCCAGUCUGUGGUCGGGCUCCAUCAGCAAACGUUUCUCCUGUGUGGAAAGCUCGGAGCAUGUUGUCGCCUUCCAAACACUUACAGAGCACCCAGACUUUGUGGUGGUGAUGGCCGCCUCAGGUGCAGUUUACACCUGGAAGGUAGCAGAGGAGACGAUUUGCAGGCACUUUCAGCUGCCGUAUACGUUUCACUGCCACCCACAAGACUUCCAGAUGUCCUCUGAUGGGACCUAUGCACUCCUAUCCACUGAUAAUGGCACCAUCAGCCUCUUAGAUCUAUCCCGGGUCAGAUUGUGCUCAUUCAAAGCCGAGGGUCCAAUCAUUAAAGCCUGCUUGCACCAAACUGGAUGCUUUGUCGCUUACAUAUCUCACCCGUCCAGCCUGGAGAACAGCUGUACCUGUUUCCUGCAUGCAAGGCCCAUCCUCACUGUGACACGACUUUCAGACGGGGAAAGAAUAGGAAGUGUACGUCUGCCUAAGAAUCCACUGACUCUGAUGGCGUGUGAGCGGCAGUGUGUGUUUGUGGGUUUUGAGGACGGGUCUGUAGGUGUGUACUCUGUUUCUGAUGACAUGAUCGAUGAGGAGGUCAGCAGCAGGGAAGGUUUAAAUGGUCAGAGGAAGCAGUGUCCCUUUGACAGAACACCAUUCAGCUGGUUUCCUCGAGCCACCCCCAAUAUUACCUGGCCUUAAAGGUUCCGUUUUGUGUCCUUUUUUUACCAAUUAAAGACAGCCUCGUGUGACCACAUAAUGUGUCUUUUUCAGCUCAAAAUAAUGAAAAGAUGGCUCAUGUCACCAUGACUGUAUAACCACUGGUUCUAGUCCCGUUCUAAACAGUCUGUUUAGUGUCUGUUGCUUUAGAUACAACUGAGCUGAUGCUGUCCAUGCCCCCUUCAGGAAGAAGACUCUGCAUCUCUGUUUGACAGCAUGGAGAAUAGAGUUGACUUCAUUGCAUCCAGUGAACAUGAAUGCAUGUGUGACGCCAGGACUUUCAGUCACUUUUACCUUUGUCUCUGAGUCAUGGUUUCACAUGGGAAUAUCACUAAAUUCACAGCACAGCUAUUGUUUUUAGGUCUUGUGCAUGGUGAGUUUGUCAGACAACAUUAUGGUUAUAAAAUUAGUACUUUAGAGGUGCAGAGCAAAAGCUUGUCACUCUCAAAGUGAAUCUGAAGGAACUGCUGGACAAGGUUUUGUGUUAAUGGGCUGCAUUUCAGGAACUAGUUCAUACGUGUUCCAUUGCUUGACGCCAGAAACAAAAGACAUGUAUAUGAAAAGAACUUUACUGGGAACUGGGCUGUUCAAUUUGCUGACACUAAAGAUUGUCCUGUGGUUGUGGUGACACUAUCAUCAAAGGUAAAUUAUUCAUUUGAUCUUCACUUCCUCAGAUGCUGGGAGUGUAUGAUGUCUAAAGUAAACAUACCUGUUGGACUGAGAGGCAGCUGCACAUUAUGAAUGACUCAUCUCAUAGCAAUUAGCAGGAUUAUGCUUUUUUUAUAUAUCUCAAACACUAUUGGCUCCUCAAUUCUUACUUAGAAACCGGAUAAAACUAUUACUGGCUAGCGAAGCUGGGAAACCCUAGUUGUAGGGGGGCUAAAAGAAAUAUUCAUCUUCAUAUUCUUACAGCUUUUAUUCCAAGUUUUGAGAACAUACAAGCAUAAUAAAAAUGAAUAUUCACCAUAUGGAACCUGUAAGAUUAUUAAAUGCUGUUGGACAUGAACUGUGCUUUCACACACACACACACACACACACACACACACACACACACACACACACACACACACACACACACACACACACGUAUAUAUAUAGACUUAGAUAUAUGUAUAUGCAUGGACUGUGUAUUUGCUGUAUAUACUGACUUGUAAAUACAAAACAUUGCAUAUUUUACCAUGUUUUAUACUUAUGGUGAACACAGAAUGGACUGUUUUAUAACCAGACAACACCUCUGUGUGUAACUGCACCAUCAUGUGUUUCAGUUUCAGCAGGUCUUAAGUAUCACCUCAGGACAAACACACUUCACAAAGCAUCUGUCUGAGUUUCAUUUCUGUGGAAACAAAACAAGUGUCUGAUUGACUUCUACCAUAUUUAUACCCUGAAUGUUGCUCACACAGAGGAUUUUGGCACAUUUUUGUGAAGCUAAAUGAUUUGCUAUGAUUGUCUUAUUUUGACGUGUUUUCUGCAUUUAUUAAAACAAAUUUUACUUUGACAUGCCUUCAUUAUGUUUUGUGUUGAUGUGAGUUGCUGUCCUCUUGUCAGAAAUAUCCAGAACAACAUGCUAUCCUGCCUGUUAGUUGCUUUAAUAACUUAAAUUUGUUGCAUCGUU